UCAAAGUUAUUCAAUGCUUUGAAUGAAGUGCUGUUUAGCAGCAUAUCAGAGGAACAAAGCCAGAGACUGUGUGAUUUACUGGAGAUAGAUGACAGCACUCUCAUCAGCCCCAAAUUGUUUGUUGGCAUCACAGGUGUGGUUGAGAGGCUAUCGUGUGCCCAGUUUUGUUUCAAAGACGAUUCAGACAGCAAGUUUCAAAAAGACAAUAUUGAGAGUGCAGAUUUCUGUUCUUUAAAUUGGAAGCUUCGAGACAUUGGAGUCAGAAAAGACAUGCGUGUUCUACUGCAUUUGUUAUUGUAA